CUUUGUAUGCUACGCUUUACUAAGCAGCUGUAGUAAGAGCUCUGGGAAGGACUCCUGAAAUGUUACUCCAUAUCUACUCCAUCUACAGCUAGAUACUCUACAGCUAGUCUAUCUUAUUCCUGAACUGCACUGCACGGGUUUCGGUCAUUACCUUUUCAGCUAUUUGUACUAUAUAGCAUCUUUCAACAUAUACACAAGACAAGGCACCAAUGGCUAUAAACAGACCGAAACUCGCAGUUCUACUAAUCACACUAUUUCUUCUGGGCUUCGGAUGGCACAGGACCCAAUUUCAGGAUUCUCUGAAAAAGUUGCUCCAAAGUUGCCAAAGGCCAGAAGAAAAAGAUGAAACCUCACCUCCCCCAAUCCCAUCCCUCCAAAGAACAGAACUCCAAGUUAACAUAGAUAACAUGUUUGAGAAAAUACAAAGACUGAUCCCUGAAGCCCCAUUCACAUAUUUCAACAGAACCACCAGUGGGAAAAAUAGUAAGGCCUUCAUAGUGAACCCCAAGCAACAAUACUGUGUGGGAGAAGACUUGGUGGUACAGCUUGAUAUGUACGAUUAUUUAGGUAACAGGAAGACCUACGGCGGAGACUUCAUAAGACCAAGAUUAUUCUCUCCAGAGCUUGGAGCCGCUGUGUCUGGCAGGGUGGAAGACUUCAACAAUGGCUCUUAUCAUAUCCAUUUUCCAUUGUACUGGGAGGGAAAAUGCAAAGCCUCCAUUUUGUUGUUCUACCCUAGCGAAGGGGUUGCAGCUCUUUGGAGAUCCAGGCACAGCAGUCUGGGCGUUAUUGGAUUCUUUGGAAAGUUUGAAAAAUUUGGCAAGGAAGCUACAACUCCAUGUGGCUUUAAGCUUGAAGAGAAAGACGGCAAGGAGAUUUGUGAGUACGUAGAUCCAGUCUAUGAAGAGGCCUUCUACUGCUACAAAGUGCCCAACUUCACCUGUGAAAGUCUGAAUCAAAUGAGAUGUUUCGAUCCUUACGCUUCAUAUCUUACUCCCGGAGAAAGAGAAAUUUUUCAGAGGUCAAAUAUUGCUGUUGAAAUCCCUGAAACAUUUUCACCUAUAGUAGUAACCGGAUGUAACAGCUCAGCUUUUACCCCCAAGCCAAAAUGUCAGAUGGGAAUGGGAUCUCCUUUUCCAAGUGGAUAUUUUUUCAAAAAUGUUUGGAACCCCGUCUACUGCAAUAUGACCGUCUACAGGACUGGAGAAGACUUUCUGAAAUGUCUGGAAGGAAAGAACCUUUUCCUCAUAGGAGAUUCUACAUUGCGACAGUUCAUCAUGCACUUUACUGAAGGCAUCAAAAUUGUGCAAUACUUUCGUUACCAUUAUAGCGGAUGGGCAGCUUGGGCAAUGACCCUGGAAGCCCUAAAUAUGGGCAAGGACCUAUAUGUCUCCUAUAAAAGACAUGGCUUCCCCCUGGAGCACGACACUUUCUACUACUUCGAGGAUGACAUGUACACGAGUCGUCAGAUCGAUCAGCGUGCUGGAGGGAAGAACACCAUUUUUGUUAUAACCAUGGGACAACACUUCAGACAGUUUCCUCUGAAACUUUUCAUCAAACGGGCACUCAACAUCCGCCGAGCAUUAGAACGCCUUUUCCUUCGCAGUCCAGACACCAAGGUUAUCAUUAAAUCAGAAAACACCAGGGAACUGUAUGCCUCGGUUGAAAGACAGGGAGACUUCCAUGGUUAUACCCAGUAUCUUGUGCUGAGAGAAGUUUUCAAGGACCUUAAUGUGGGCUUUGUGGAUGCCUGGGACAUGACGGUGGCAUCUGCCACAGCCAGUGUUCAUCCUCCAGGGAUAACGUUUGAUGGCAUUUUGAGCCUGACGUUUAGUUUUGCUUGUUAAUUGUAAAAGAUUGUUAUGAAGAAAUGAGUGCUAUAAUGUCGCGGUCACGAAAAAAAAUCGCUGAUCGCCACCAUUAGUAGUAAAAAAAAAAUUAUUAAUA